AAACCUAAAAUGUUGAUUGUUUUGAUAUUUUUGUAUUGGUGGCUCAUCAUUAUGAAUGGAGAUUGAGAUUAUCAUAGACUAUCUAUAAAGCCAUUUUGAUCAGAAAAAACUCAUAUAAAUACUUGAUUUAACAAAUAUUUUAAAUGAUUAGUAAAUUGUUUUCAUGUUGUUGUGUUGAUCAUCAGAAUGAUGUCCAUGUUACGUAAAUUAUUUCGUUAUUUUAUACCAUCAUUCAUUGGUACAUAUCUAUUAUGGUACCUAUUGAAUCCCAUUUGGUUCAAUCAAUUUUGUAUAAUAUGUUUCUUAUCGAUUAUAUCAUGGACAAUGGCAUAUUAUUUCUAUGAAAUGUUAAAUCAAGAAACAAUCAAUCCAUCUGGUAAAAUUGUAUUGGUUACCGGCUGUGAUACUGGUUUCGGUAAUCAAAUAGCCUAUCGAUUGGAUCAAUUAGGUUUUCAUGUUUAUGCCGGUGUUCUAUUUCCUGAUGGUGAUGGUGCUCAACAAUUGCGACAAAAAUGUUCAAAACGAUUGAAAAUAUUGAAACUGGAUGUUACUAAACAAGAAGAAGUUGAUAAUGUUGUUGAACAAAUCAAACAGUCGGGAAAACCAUUAUGGGCAUUGGUCAAUAAUGCUGGUAUUGCAAUUUCAGUACCAUUCGAUUGGGGCAAUGAUAUUGAUGUUUAUCGAAAAGUAUUCGAUGUCAAUAUUUUCGGUGUAGUUCGUGCAACUAAAAGUUGUAUGCCAUUAUUACGACAAUCCAAAGGUCGAAUCAUAAAUGUGGCCAGUAUAUGUGGUCGAUUAACUACAACUUGGACUGGACAUUAUUGUAUGGCCAAACAUUGUGUACGUGUAUUUUCCGAUAUCAUACGACGUGAAACAAUCAAUUCAGGUGUCAAAGUGGUAACAUUGGAACCAGCAUUCUUUGCCACUAAUUUGACAAAUGUUGAACGAUUACAACGAUUACGAGAGAAAAUAUUCGAUGAAACACAUGAAGAAAUACAACGAGUAUAUGGAAAAAAUUAUUUAAAAUAUUUCACCGAUACUGAUCCAAUGAUUGCAUUAAUGUCACAUAAAUCAAUCGAUCUAGUAAUCGAUGCAAUGAUUAAUGGUAUCAUACUAUGUCAUCCAAAAUUAUAUUACCGAUGUGGAAAUUAUAUAGAUUUAUUCAUGUUCUGGGCAAUUUCACAUAUGCCUGAAAUAUUGUUGGAUUACCUUCUCGAUAUGGCGGUUUCUUACUAUACACAAGGAAAACAUAAAAAAUGGAAUUGAAAAUUGUGAACAAAAAAAAAAAAAUGUUAAAAUUAGUGAUUAGUGAUAAUAAAAUGCAUUAUUAUUAUUAUAUACCCAAA